UUUUUUAGGGCAAUUUCUCACUAGCGAAAACACAAAAAUAGACGAAGAUGCGUGAGAGAAUAUUACUAGACGCGAUAUAUUACAUAUAUAUAGGGGAUCACGACGCAAUUACGUCAUGAAAGCCGUUGGAUUCAGUAUCAUUAAAGUGUUCACAUAACCUCGAAAUUUCGUUGACACCACUUUGGGCGGGAAUCUCGAAAGAUUUAUACUUUCGCACGAUCGUCCAGAAAAAUGUCGCAAACCAUUUUGAAAAGCAGCUUGGAAAAUGCUUCCUUCAAUAUUGUGUUUCAGAUCCUAUGUCGAGGUGUCACGUUUGUUUUAAAUGCUUUUGUUGUCCGACACGUGGGCCAAGCAGUUCUGGGAGUUAUAAAUGUUAGAUUGCUGCUGCUGGAAUCAAUGAUCCUAUUCUUAUCCAGAGAACCAUUCAUGAAAGCAUGUUUAACAAACACAGCAGAACAUAAUUGGGCCCAAGUUGUUAAUUUAUUAUGGAUGACGGUUCCUAUUUGCUUUCUAAUGUCUGUAACAUUUGGAUAUAUCUGGCUUUCUAUCUUAUCAACAGCUGAAGCAUUACCGCCAUAUUACACAUUUGCAGUUUGGGCAGUUGCUUUAUCUUGUAUUAUCGAAUUGUCAUCUUUAAUUGUACAACUGGUUGCAAGUGCAUUUUUGUUUGUUAGGCUGAAAAUUAUACUCGAUACUAUCAUGAUCGCCAUUCGUACCAUGACGUUUGUACCAUUGAUACUUCACAAUCCAGAAAAUGCGUUAUUCGCAUUUGGCGCAGCUCAACUAAUCGCGGCAAUAUUUUAUACUACUAGUCACUAUGCAUAUUUUCAUUAUUAUAUUAAAAAAAUGAAUAAGUGUAAGUUAAAGAGAAGAAUGUCGAUAAAAGACAAUAGCGACGAAUACGUCGUGAGAGAAUUUCCAUUCGAAACAGUAAAAGACUUUUUGCCUGGAUAUCUAGAGAACAAAGAAUCGUACUUAGAUAAAAAAUUGACUAUCCUUACAUGGAGUUUCUUUAGACAAGGAAUUUUAAAACAAAUUCUGACUGAAGGAGAAAGAUUAAUUAUGACAGUAAUGCCAGUAUUAACAUUCACUGAACAGGGAACAUACGAAAUUGUGAACAAUCUAGGUUCUCUAGCAGCAAGAUUUAUUUUCCGUCCAAUAGAGGAGAGUGGGUAUUUCUAUUUUACCCAAAUGAUCAAACGUGACAAACCAAUUAAUGAUCAAAAUCCUGUAAAAAUUCAAGAAAGCGUAAAUGUUCUUACACAUUUAUGUUCAGCCGUCACGUCUAUCGGUUUGGUCGUUUUGGUGUUUGGACAGUCUUACUCGAGCACUCUUUUAUGGUUGUACGGCGGUGCAAAGUUGACUUCGCAUCUACCAAUUCUUUUAAUGCGAGCGCAUUGCUUGGCUAUUCUAUUGUUGGGAAUAAAUGGAGUAACAGAAUGUUACACGAAUGCAACAGCUGACAGUGCAACUAUAAACAAAAGCAAUUUAAUUAUGAUUUACGAGUCGAUCGCAUUCUUAGGUGCAUCGUACUUAUUUGCCAUUUGGUUCGGACCAGUUGGUUUCAUCCUUGGAAAUUGCGUAAAUAUGAGCCUAAGAAUUGUCCACUCAACCAUUUUCAUCAACAGAAGAUAUAAAGAUACGAUAUACCGUCCAUUACGUGGAUUAGUACCAAAGCCAAUGUUUUCCGCUUCUCUUUUUAUAGCAGCUUUAGUCACCAAUGUGUCUCAUACUUACUUCUUCCCUGACGAUAAAGUCUUACAUCUAAUUAUCGGAGUAAUACUGUUUAUAGUUGUACUUGUGUCUUGGAUCUAUGAGCAUCACGAUCUAAUUAGGCUCGGUACAAACAAGUGGUACGAGCGCAGAAAUAGACACAAGAAAAGCGACUGACC